ACUUUCGAGAUAUAUUUAAGAGGAAUUUAAAUGUUUGAUGUAUAUUAAGCAAAAUCUCUAUGAAUUAUCGAGUGUAACAAGAAGUUAUGAUAUAAAUAACAUAACUUUUUUUCGAUAUAACGGAUAAAAACUAAUUUGUCUACUUUUACAACAUGGUGAAGUAUGUUCUGAGUGCUGUAAUGGGAAUGAUUGUUUUCACUUUUGUUAAAGCUGAAGACGUUGAAUAUAAUACACUCUCCUGCAAUAGCAUUUAUUGCAACAGUGAAGAGCAUUGUUGUUUUUCGGAGACUAAGGGAGCUGUCUGCUGUCCAACGGGAAACAUAUGUGAUUCGAAACUUGGUUGCAUCGAAAAUGUCAACAAUGGUUCGACGGUGAAAGUAGUAAGAGAAUGUCCUCCACUAACGACAGAAUGUUUUUCUUGUCCAUUAUUUGAUCUUUGCUGCCCGCUUCCUUUUGCUGAGUGUUGUGAUGAUAUCAUCCAUUGUUGCGCCCAUGGAUAUGAAUGUGAUCUUCAAAAUAUGCGUUGCAACAAGAAAAACAACACUGGAAUUUACUCAAGGAUUUUUAAAAGAGAGGCAUCCACAGUGGAUCUUGGCAUGAAGCAUUGUGGUGAUAAGACCUGGUGCCCAGAACUUGAUGAGUGUUGUCGGAAUAAAAACGGAGGAUGGGACUGUUGCCAGGCAGUUUCAACAGCCACAAUUAACAAAAGAACUCUGUAAGGAAAGAGUACAAUUUCGAGAAAGGAAAAAACACGCUCUUAUUGUACCUUCUGUUAUGUUCAUUGACCUAAUCAGAAGAUGGAGAAGUCUUCAUACGACACGAAAUAUGUUAUGAGUUAUAAAACUGUUGUAUUUUUAUCUUUUGAAAAGUUAUUAAAAACAUUUAAUGAGAUAUUUA